GGCGGAUCCAAAAUAGGAAGUAGGGCGUCCAAGGCAAGCUGAAAUGUCGAUGUCUGGUGAGCGAGACGAGCGAAGGCGGGGGUGGCGGCAGAACAUGGAUAUGAACUGGCACGGGUGAGGAGAUUGGAAACCGAGGCGCGAUCAUCUUCUAAAGAUGAGAAAUGGGAGUGGUGAGAAGCCGCGCUGCCCAGCGGACUCAACACGCUGUGCAUCGCGUCGAUGGUCGACGGUCCACGACAAGUCGUGAUCAGUAUUGUGAUGUCAUCAGGCUAACACACCACAACUCGACGCGCUUCCAACCAUCUCGCUCUCUGGUCAAACAUGGCAGACGCGUCAUCCUUGUCCAUUGGAACGCACCCCGAGAUAUCAUUAGGGAGCUUCGACGACGAUCCACCUCAAAGAACUCCCGCAAAAGUACGAGUGCUAUCUGCUUCUUCUGGUACCUCUGUGCCCUCUUCUGCUCCCCUCGACACGCCAUCACCGCCUGGAUUUUCGCGCCGUGCCACUGUAACAGUCGCGGAUAGGCCGGGCUACUUUGGUAAUGCCGAUGAAGAUGAAGGCGCUGAUUAUGGCGUCGGAACUCCCGUUGCAACGCGACCGAAGCGUUCGGCUAGGCCAUCCGCCGCCGCGUCCAAGGGGGCGCUCACUUUACGAGAUCAGGAAAAGCACAUAGACAAUUUGAAGAAGGAGAACUUCAAUAUCAAAUUGCGCGUACAUUUCCUUGAAGAGCGCCUUGCGCAGCUAGCACCAGAUCAAAUUGAUGCUGCACUGAAACAGAAUAUCAGUUUGAAGAUCGAAGUUCAGCAGCGUGGCAUGGAGCUGAAAAAACUCAAGAAACUGGUUCUUGAACUGGAACGUGAGCUGCAACGGGCCGGUCCUAAAACUAGGAAUCAUCACCGAGAACGGGAGCUAGAGGACAAGCUAGAGGAACGGGAACGGGAACUACGAGAACUUCGUCGUCGUGCAGCAAAUGAUGCCUCCGAUCCUCUUCUAGCAGAGCGCAAUGCAGAACUGGAGGAACAAUUGGACAACAUGCGUGGUCUGCUCGAAGAUAAUAUGGACGAGCUGGAGCGAUUACGCGAUAUUGUCGAGCGUCAGAACAAUCAAUCUGAAGAAGAUCAUGUCGCAGCGCUUGAGGCAACCGUCGCCGAACUCCGUGAUCAACUUUCCGACCGCCACAAUGAGAACGAAGAUCUUGCAGAUUCUCUCGAACAAUUACGUCUGGAGAAUGCCGAAAUCCAGCAACAGCUUCAACGGACGGAAGCACACGAGCGCUCUGCAAGUCGAGCGAUGAUACUGGAGGAGCGCGAAGAGCGCGAGGCAGUGGAGGACGAGCUAAACAGUGCUCGCGACAAAAUUGCUGCCGUCUUGAUUGAGCUACAACAGAAGGAGGACGAACUGGAAUUGAAGACCACAGAGAUCGAUGAACUUGUGGCCGAGCAUGAUCGAGUCGUGGCUGUUGUUGAAGAUGAAUGGAGAGGUGAAGUCGAGGAGGCUAGGAAUCAAGUUGAAGAGUUGCGCGAUGUGCUCGCAGAGAGAGACGCGGAAGCAAAAGAUCUCCGACUCAAUAUUGCUGAAUUGGAAGCGAACACAAACGAUUUGCACACAAAGUUCGAAGCAGCUCUGGCGCACCUCGAGCAAGAGGCUGACGACCGGGACACCGAGAUCGAGAAACUUAGUUUGCAAGUCGAGAACAAGGACGCGGAGAUUGAGAGAUAUGCCGAUCAAUUGGACAGCAAGGAUGCUGAAAUCGACAGGCUGGGAGAGCAGAUUUUUGUUCUGGAGGAUGAGACCGACCGGUUGAAAGAAGCCGUCGAUGAUGAUGGCGCCGAGCGCGAGGGACUCGAGGGGCUGGUUGCUGCAUUAAAGGAGAAAAUGACUGGACUCAAGACAGAGCUGGCGGACAUGACAGCGGCAUUUGAGGAAUCCAACGAAGUCAUUCUAGGGCACCGAGCUCGUCAGGAAGAGCUUGCCACACACGUGGAAGACCUAGUCUCGCAGCUUCAGGUGUGCAAAUCCACGCUCGACUCCACGAAUAGGGAGCACGCCAACGACUUGCGUGAACUCAAGCGCGAGCUCGAUGCCAAGGAAUCCGCCCUACAGAGCGCACUAGACGAUCUGGGCCGGACACAGGGACUACUCAGUGCUCACGAGGCAGAUCUUGCUGCAGUACAGACUGCAAUGCAGUCUCUCGAAGUUGAUUCACGACGGGCCGGUGAAACUGCUUCAACGGCCCGGUUCUCCUUAGAACUGGAGCUCGAUCGGGUUCGCCGAGACUUGGAAAGAGUUGAAGCUGAGCUGCUGCGAUCACGAGCUGACCUCGCGAAUAAAGACGCUCGUGGUCGAGCUGGAGAAGAGACUGUGGACUCCCUGCAUGCAGAAUUACUCUCGCUCAAAGCCGAACUGAGUGCACAAACACAGGCGCGUUUGAAUGUCAGCGAGCGCUUGGACGCUGUUCAGUUGCUGCUGAGGACAUCCGAAGCUGACUCGAUAGGCCAUAAAAAGCGUGUGGCCGAACUUGAGGGUCGUCUCAGCAAGGAGCAGCGAGCGCUACUAUCGACAGAGGGCCAGUACCGGGAUCAACUCACAGAACGCAAUACUCUGCUGCUGACAAUCUAUCAAUAUCUUGACCGCAUCCUUGGUGUCGAAAAAACACCUAAGAAAGGCAGUCAAGCAGAAACUAAACCUUUCACCAACUUUGGUGUUUUCCAUGACAAUCUCAUCUCUCGUUUGAAGACACUCAGCGGAAUCCAAAGCCAGUUUGACAAGCGAGUGAAAGAUGCCGAAGGGCGCUUUGGCGAGAAACUAAAGGAGAUGAACAAGCAGCUCGACAUGCGAUGGAAACAGAUCGACAAGUUUGAGGCUGGGGUCAAGGGUUAUGCUGAGGCUAAAGCUGGCUGGCGGAAGAAGAUGAGCGUGAAGGAAGGCGAAGUCGAUGCCUUGCGAGCCACCAACGUCGAUCUUUCUAAUCAGCUCUCUCGGAAACAGAGCUCCUCUGAUCCGAUGGAAGUACGCUCAUUGUCGACACGAGCUGCAAAUGCAGAGCGGCGACUGAACAACGCCCAGAACCAGCUGUUGGCGACCGAGGAGAAAGUUGCACUGAUGACGCAACGCAGUGCUACUGCGGACUCAAAGUGGGAAGCUCGGGUGAAGGAAUACGAACUUCGCCUGAAAGCGGCUGAAGAACGGGUCAAACGGGAACGACAAGGCGGAAAGGAGCGAGUUGCGGAACUGGAAAGCAACAUCAAAAUCCUACAACGUCAACUCGACUUGGCUCUCAAACGAAGCCACCAAUUGAAUGAAGUCGUGGACGCUGCCCAACUGCCAGCUAGUGGGUCUGCCAACUCUCUGUCCUCUCGAUGAUUUUCGCUUUUGCCCUGCUUCGCUCUCAAUCACAUGCUCAUUUUAUUGUAUCAAUAAUAUUUGUAUCACUUACUUCACGUCAAGUCUAAAUCCUCAAUCAAAACAGAGUGCGUAGUCGAUCGGUAGAACUCCCAUCAAAUCUAU